CAUGGCUCAAUUCAUCAUUUUACAGUCAAAGCUUCAAGAUGAAACAAAAUCUCAGUUUGCUGCUGCUGCUUGGCUUCUUUGCCUGUGCCUGGGCAUAUCCCAAUCCGGAUUCACUUUCACUUGCCGCAGUCGAUCAGCUGGACUUGAAUGAGCUAGAGAACUCAUUCGUUAAAUCACAGAUGGAAUGGCAGCCCAAUGAGCAGGAUCUGCUGCUGCUGGAGGAGCAGGAGGAGGCGGAGCCGGAGCAACUGGUGCGCUUGCGCCGCCAGCUGAAUGUCCAGGGCGGCGGCAGUCCACGUCAAGGCUUCGACUUGAGCAUCAAUGGACGUGCCCCGGUUUGGCAGAGUCCCAAUGGACGCCAUUCGCUGGAUGCCACGGGUCAGUACUCACAGCAUCUGGGCGGACCCUAUGGCAAUAGCAGACCCAACUGGGGCGCCGGUGCGAUGUACACUUUCCGCUUCUAAAUGGGCAUCUUCAAUGAGAUUUUUAAUUUAAUUUAUUAAGUA